AUGCUGUUCACAGUCUCCGAGGAGGGAUCAGCGGCAGACCUCCUCUCCUCCAGGGCCAGCAUCGACCGCGUCAUCGAGCUGCACCUCUCCGAUGCCUCCUCGGAAGCUGAGGCUCAGAUCAAGGACGUGGAGGACGCGGUUGCGGCUGUUGAUGCUCUGAUGGAGGACUCAAGGCACCCGAUUCUCCUCCAUUGCACCGCCGGGUCGUCAAGAAGUUGCACCAUCGCGUGCCUGUGGCUGAUGAAGCGGCAAGGCCUCAGCCUCGUCGACGCCUUCCUCCUCCUCCGCUCCAAGCGCCCCUGCGCCUUCCCCAAUUAUGGCCUGUGGAUUGUCAUGCGUGAGCUAGAGAAGAAGUGGCGAGGCAGCUGCAGCUGCUCCCUGGACGAUCUGAGUAGCCACGCGGAUGUCGAGUUUGUGAUGGAGGAGGGCGAUGAAGAGGAUGACGGGUCGAGCUGGAGGCUAUGA